GGAAUUCCUGUAAUUCCCUGAACUCUGGAGUUAGGGACAUGAAGCACAUAGCUCUUUCCGCCUUCCCUGGUGACUGGUACCCCUGGGUCCCAAGAAUCUGCAAUGCCUCAUCUCUCAAGCAGCUAAUCAGAGGAGACUGAGAAGAUGAGAUGAGAAGAUGAGAUGGGAAGAGCGGGUCCUAAGAUGAUGUCUCCGAAUAUAGGAGCCUUGAUUCUGCGGCUUUAUUUACAAAGCCUUGGAAAACUGGAGGGAAGGCAAAGCCAUCCAGAAUAUAAAAUCCUUUGAGAUAAUUUCUGUCAUCAUUCUGGAAGCCACACCGCCCAGCUGCUGUCCAGCGCAGGGGUCACGGAGUCCGGGCAGAGCUGUGAACAGAGGCUGCAAGUCGCAGGCGCCACCCGGACACUUUGCGCUUCGGUGGGCUUUGCGCCCUGAAGACGUGUCCCCGCACCAUCUUCCCAGGCGCUGUGCGGAAGGUCUGAAACAGCCCAGCUGGUGCCUCGAAAGGGAGUUUCUAGAAGCUCCAUCUCUGCUGACUCCCCUCCCCUUCGGAUUUUGGAUUUUACCCCCGCCAGGGAGCUAGCAGCUGCAGCUCCACAGCAUCCACCCUCUCUCCAAGGGGACCAGGUGCCUCCGACGCCGCUUUCCGCGGGCCGGCCCGAGGGCUUGACCCCGGCGCUGCGGUGUGGCGGAUGCUCCCGUGUCGGGGCCGGGGACUCCCCGCCCUUGCGCGCGACCCCGCGCCCGGGCGGGCGGCGCUUGCGGCGGGCAGGGGGCGGGUAGGGCAGCCUGGACUCGUCCUGGGGUAGCCGCCUCCUCUGCAUCCUGUCCGCGCAUCCCGGAGCCCAGCCGCAUCCUCCGCCUCUGCCUCUGGCGGCUGCCAGCCCCCGCCUCGCGCCACCUCGGCCUCCCGCUGCCCCCGCCCCCGCGCCCCCGGUGGCUGUGCCUCGGCUGAGCCCUGAGGGGGCCUGUGGCUCGUCGGCCGCCCGCUCGGCUCGACUUGGCCGGGAGGCGUGCAUGCCCCUGCAGCCCGCGGCGUUCAUCAGCAGCAUGCUCUAUUUCCAGAUGGUGAUCAUGGCAGGGACGGUGAUGUUGGCGUACUACUUCGAAUACACGGACACGUUCACUGUGAACGUGCAGGGAUUCUUCUGCCACGACAGCGCCUACCGCAAGCCCUAUCCGGGCCCAGAGGACAGCAGCGCCGUGCCCCCUGUACUCCUCUACUCGCUGGCCGCUGGCGUCCCGGUGCUCGUGAUAAUAGUUGGAGAAACGGCCGUGUUUUGCCUACAGUUAGCAACAAGGGAUUUUGAAAACCAGGAAAAAACUAUUUUAACUGGAGACUGUUGCUAUAUAAACCCACUGGUACGCCGAACUGUCCGAUUUCUUGGAAUUUAUACGUUUGGACUGUUUGCUACGGAUAUCUUUGUAAAUGCUGGACAGGUGGUCACGGGCAACCUGGCUCCACACUUCCUGGCCUUGUGUAAGCCCAAUUACACAGCUCUUGGGUGUCAACAGUACACACAGUUCAUCAGUGGGGAGGAAGCGUGCACAGGCAACCCAGAUCUCAUCAUGCGAGCAAGGAAAACCUUCCCAUCCAAAGAAGCUGCCCUCAGCGUCUAUGCUGCCAUGUAUCUGACGAUGUACAUUACGAACACUAUCAAAGCCAAAGGCACCAGACUUGCUAAGCCUGUUCUAUGCUUGGGAUUAAUGUGUUUGGCCUUUCUUACUGGACUCAACAGAGUAGCAGAAUAUCGAAAUCAUUGGUCUGAUGUGAUAGCGGGCUUUCUAGUUGGGAUAUCUAUAGCAGUAUUUCUGGUUGUGUGCGUGGUAAAUAAUUUCAAAGGAAGACAACCAGAAAAUGGGCACAUGCACAGGGACAGUGUGGCCCGGAUGCCGAUGAUCAACAUUCCUCGAGUAGAAAGCCCUUUGGAAAAAGUAGCAUCUGUGCAGAACCACAUCACUGCCUUUGCGGAAGUCACAUGAUAUUGAAGCAGAUGGUUUUUCCCUGCACUGGACAUCAUCCCUCUUUACCAUCCAUUCAUAAGAAGGUUUAUUUGAUUACACAGAAAUUUAUAAAGUUGUCUGAGACUUUUUAUAAAUUUAAAACUUAAUAGCACCCUCUCUGCUCCACCGCCCUGGUCCCCCACUAGACUGUGAGCUCCUCAAGAGCAGGACCAUGGCUUUCUUUCCUGUAUCCCCAACACCUACCACCUAGCACAAAGUGUGGGUGUUCAGUACAAACAUGAUGACAAAAAUGAACAAAUUUAAUUCUUCAAUAAAAUAGUCGCUUUAGUUUCUCAAAAGAAUCUCUGUGGCUAUGUGAAAAGAAAUCUCCAUGUGGGUUAUAUUUGUAUAAAAGAGAAACCCUCUAUUUUGGACUCAUUAAGCCUUUUUAAUUUUUCAUAUCUCUAUUCAACAGUACAGCAUAUUUAAUUUGAAGUUAAUUUUGAAAGUCACGGGGGCUUUUUUAUUAUGCAGCAUGACUUUUUUUCCAUUCUAACAGAUUUCAGCGUGUGAAAUCAUUUUACUUUUAGAAAGUAUGUCCUAUACUGAAUUGUUUGCUCAUUAUAUUAUUCUGUAUUUCACUUAAAAUACCAUUCAUACUACACAUUCUAAGACUGGUGCUUCUGCUUUUAAAGGGGGAAUUGCCAAUUUUUAUUGUCACUAAGUAAUGUAUCAUAAUUAAAAUUAUUUAUUUGGA